CAAAAAAGUCCUCCAAAAGUCCUUUUAGCGGUUCAUAAGGCGUCGCAGCAUCACUCGCUCCACCAAAUGUCCCGGCUCCUCUUCCUCCCCUAAAUCAAAUUUAGGGUUUCUUCUGAUGCUGGUGAUUUAGCAAAGAAAAGCAUGGGAAAUAGGAGCAAAGACAUAAGAGUCCUAAUGUGAACUCCUAUCUUGUCAAGGCAGAGUUAGAAGAGAAUGGAUUUGGGUGAAAUAACAGAGAAUGUAGAAGGUGAUAGACUAAGCAACUUGCCAGAUGAUCUUAUCCAUAAAAUCCUCUCUUUUAUUAGCAUCAAACAUGUUGUCCAAACAAGUGCUUUGUCAUCUAGAUGGAGGUAUAUCUGGACUUCAAUGCCUUUUCUCAAUUUCUCAACCAAGGAUUUCCCUAGGUUGCCCAGGUUCUCCAAAUUUGUUACACGUCUGCUAUCCAGUCGAAAUAAUCAAAGCGAAGUGUUUUCUGUCGAUCUCACUUUUCGUGGAAAGGGUAGCCCGGAGUUUGUCCAAAGAAUUUUGGACUAUGCAUUCUCCCACAAUGUCCAACAACUGAAUAUUACUUGCUUGCCUGGCCGCGUAUACUAUGUGGGCGAAUUCCCUCCUUCUCUUUUUAGUUCUCAAUCUCUCAAACAUCUCACCAUGACUGGACGUAUUCAGACAUGUCCCAUUCCGGCCGCACCUACUUGGGUGUUGCCGAAUUUAACAACAUUGAAUCUCUCUUUCUAUGAUGACAAGUGUGCUGCUCUUUUCUCCAACUGUCCAAACUUGAAGAAUCUGACUUUGAAAAACUGCUCAAUUUUCAACAGUUUUCAUAUACAUCAUUCUGGGCUAUCUAGUCUAACACUUGAAAACGGUAGGGACUGUGUCAAAGUGGUUACGCCUCAACUCAAGAAUCUCACUAUAAAAUAUUGGCGAGGGAUACAUCUGAUUUCCGCACCCAACCUUUCUUCCUUGCGUUACACAGAUCAUUAUUGUUGUUACAAGGAUAAUGAUGAUGGUCCUUUGCUGCUUCCCACCGAUCUUUGUCAUUUGGAGAAGGUGGAUAUCUGUAUUGAUUCUAGCGUUGAUAAUGAGGCAUAUACUCGUAAAAUUUUUUGUCUGCUUCAACAGCUCCAUUGUGUCAAAUUUCUUACACUUAACUUGGAACUUGUCAAGUUUAUUUCGUCAUCACAGGAUCUAAUCUCGCAUCAACCUACUUCUCCAUUUGUCAACUUAAAGAGUUUAAAAAUUUAUCCAGUUACAUUUCUAUCGGUAGGAGUAACUUUGUCUAGUGAAAUUCAAAGCUAUCUACUUGGUGGUUCUCCAAGUGCCGCCUUCACACUGGUUUCACAUGAGGAGAUCAGAGCUGUGAAGAAUGUUACAUCAGCACGAAACCUUAUGAAUGAAUUGCACGACAAGCUGAAAGGAAAUAUUGAAACAGACGCGAGUCAUGCGUUAACAGAGCAUGAGCAACUGAGACGCAAAUAUAACAUGGUGGAGAUGAUUAACAAAGAAUUGACAAAGGUGCCUGCAUCCCAUCAGGAUAAGGAUAAGCUGCGGGCAAGGUUUUAUGGUUUAUUGGUAGAGGUCAAGACUCUCUUCUCACGUGAUGAACCUGCUACAUCAUCACAACCGUCUUCAUGAAAAAUGGUUCUAGACUUUGAGACUUUUCAAGGACAUGUUUUUUUUGGUGCUGUUAUCCAAAUGAUUUUUGGUUUGUGACGUCUCUAGUUAUGAUACUUAUCUAUGACGUAUUUCACAAUGAAAGAUUUUAAUAGUUUUUUUUUUGGUAA